GUUUCAGAUCAGAAGCCACUUGGCUGUUGGUCGGUUAAACAUGGACAGAUCCUCACGUGUCCAGUUGUAUGCAACUUUGAAACUCAUGAGUAUAUAGCUGUUCAUGAUGACAAGGUUUUAAGAAUAUGGAAGAACACAGAUAUUAACUUGGACAAAGUAUUUAAAGCAACGCUUUCAGCUGACGUAUACAGAAUACACUCUCUCCCCAGUGGAGGGCCAGUGGUACUGUUCAAAGGAGGUGGUGUUCGAACUUUAGAUGUCCUUUUGGAAGCCCCACAACAAGAAAUUGAAGAUGUUAUCUCAGACGAAGUCAUCAAGUGGAGUGAAGCUUUUAUGGAAGCUCAACAACCUGUCUUAAUUUUCGCUACUGAGAAAGAUGGGGAUUUUUUUGUCUAUGUGCAGAAACCGAAGAUGAAUAGUCUACAUAAAUAUAAGCUUGAACAACAAGAAUACUCUAAACCACUGAGUUUCACAGCAUAUGUAAAAGAUCAAAUAAUCACACUUCUGUGUUUGUAUUCCAAUGACUCUGUGUACAAAGUUCUGAUACCUCUGCAACAAAACACUGAAGAGGAAGAGCCAAUUUUGUCCAAGUCUCUACUACUAAACCUCUCAGUAUCUGGAAGUGUUCUAAAAGGAACUUCUUUUGUUGUUCUUGAUAAAGACCACAUCGCAGUAUUAGGAAGUCUGACUGCAUCUAGUGAAGAAUCCAAAGAGUGCCUAACAAUAUGGAAUACAAAAUUUCAGACAUUGCAAACUUCCAAGGAGCUGCCCCUGGGAACCAGUGGACAGUUGUGGUGUUAUGAGGAAAAGUUUUUUUUCACUCAUGGGAAAGUGCUAACGGUGAUUAUGUACAAAUGUGAAACAUCAUCCUUGGCAGCUGCUGUAGGAAAGCUCAAGGACAGUCAGACUCCUGAUAUGUCUUCAUUUGUAAACUGGGAUACCCUGGAAGAGGAAGAACUGGUGGUUUCCUUUCAGUCAGAGCAGCCUGUAGCUCUAAAAUCAGAGUCCAGAAUGACUUUGAGAUCAAAAAGGAGCACUGUUGCUAAAGAACAGCCAAAUACCUUAUCAGUUGGGCAGCUCUUACUAAAUCUAAAAGAUACUACUACAGCUAAAUUUGAAGAAGAAUUGAAACAAUUGAUGUCAAAAGCCCAGAUGCCAGAUUUGCAAGCCACCAUUGGAUGUGUAGUGACUGCUCUGAUAAACAGAUGUAAAACACAUCCAAAGUACUACCCUCAAGAUCUCCUGAUAGAGAUAGUUGAAACCCGGGACUUGUCUUACAGUUUAUGUCCAGAUUUGAUGAUGGUUGCUUUGGAGAAAAAAGACAUGUAUCUUUUACAAAUCUGCUUACAACGGUUUCCAGAUAUUCCUGAAGAAAUUACUUAUGCUUGCUUGAAAGUAUUUUUAAGCACCAGUGAAGCCUGUCUUCAAAACAUAGAUGUGGAUCUAGACUCUGUAAUCUGUUACAUUGAUAUUGAAUUAAACAAUAAAGAAGUUAAGACUGAAGUUGUAGAGAAUGGUUUCAGGACAGCGGUGGAACAAGAAAUCUGGGACAGUAAAUUCAGGAAGGAAACCCAGCUGACAACUGGCUGUGAGUUCUGCCCUGUUGGGCCACAGAAGGCAGCACUAUUAAAUGCUGUUCUCCGUACAGCUUACAGUGAAACAUUCCUUUUGCCUCAUCUGAAAAACCUUCCAGCUCAGCAAGCUGUUCUGUUUCUUAGGUAUUUAUACUACCUGUAUGUGAAAUGCAGUGAAAAAAUCAACACCGCUCAUCCAACUAUAAAUCAGAUUAUGGACUGGAUGUGCCUAUUACUUGAUGCUCACUUCACAGUUAUGGUGAUGCUACCAGAAGCAAAAGAGUUGCUUUCAAGCCUGCAUAAAUUUGUGAGAGCCCAAGUACGAUUCUACUCUGAACUCAACAAGAUUGAGGGAAGUUUGCGAGAAUUACAAAGACUUAACCACCAGAAGGACUCUCAGACAUACUCUAUUGAAGUGCUGGAAAUCAUUUGA